AUGCCAGUCCCGCUGGAAGGUGCUGCAAGCUUCGAGGAGGUCUCCAAGAAGACUGGCUUAAACUUGGACCUCACGAAGCGUCUUAUUCGCUACGCCACCACCGUCCGUGUCUUUCGCGAGACCGAGCCGGGCCGCUUCGCACAUAAAGCACAGUCAGCCCUUCAACUUCGUAGCCACGUCUCGUAUCGCCGUGAGGUAUUUUUCAAUGAUCUUGACCUCAGUGCCGCAUUCGCUUUACCACAGGCAAUCAAGAAUCACCCCGAGUUUGGGGGGAAGAUUGGAACAAGUUCUUCAGCUCUGUAG